CGGAAUUUAGAAAAAUAACACUCGGUUCCACUUCUUGUCGAGAGCCCUCUGAGGACGUAACGCACUAUACCGCCAUACCGGUGUUCCCAAUCUCCUCCCCUCCUCAAGCAUCAUGGAACAGGUGGCGUCCGACUCGGCCGCGGCUAGGGUAGGGUUUUCGUCCUCAUCCGCCGGUGGAUCUGUCAUAACCUUCCAGUUCUCUCCGUUGAGCGUCCUUAAGAUCCAGAAAGGGGAUAUCACUGAGUGGUCCGUUGACGGAUCGACCGAUGCGAUCGCUAGUGUCGUUAAGGAAGAUCUUUUUGAGAUUCAGACCUGGUACCGAGAAGAGGCACGGCUUUCCCAUAUGACGUCUGAGAUAUUGCCACAAUGCGACAGACUAGAGAUCGUAUUUGGCAUCAUACGACUGUUGAUAUCAGGUGCAAAACACAUUGAAGGAAUCAGGAUCUCUUUCAACCAGUUCGAGCAGCUCAACUUCCUGAGAGUAAAUGCAGCUAACGAACAAAUGCUUGGAGGUGGUGGUGUGGAUGGAGCUAUACAUAGAGCUGCUGGCCCAGAACUUCUUGAUGCGUGUCGCAAGGUACCAGAGGUCCGCAGAGGAGUACGCUGCCCCACAGGAGAAGCCAGAAUCACUCCAGCUUUCCAAUUACCUGUUUCGCAUGUGAUACACACUGUUGGUCCCAUCUAUGAUGUAGAUGAGCACCCUGAGGUUUCCCUCAGUAAUGCAUACAGAAAUAGCUUGAAGCUUGCUAAGGAGAAUAAUAUUCAAUACAUUGCUUUUCCAGCCAUAUCUUGUGGUGUUUACAGAUAUCCUUCCAAAGAGGCUUCCAGAAUUGCUAUAUCAGUGUUGAAAGAGUUCCCUGAUGCCUUUAAAGAGAUACAUUUUGUGUUAUUCUCCGAUGAGCUCUAUGGUGUUUGGCUUGAGAGUGCUAGUAAUGACACGGGGUUGCAGUUGCUUGCUUAACGUGGGUAUUGAAGUUGAUCGCAGUGAGCAGCAGGGUUCACUAUAGUUGUGCUGUUCGUCUACUCUCAAUCGCGUGCGCUCUGAAAUCUAUACAGGGACCUCUGGUUUUCAAAGACCAUCCCUUUUCUGUGCAGUGGGAUUAGAUUAUGCUAUUUGGUUGCGAUGGCACCAAAAUGAUUUGAGUUUUCCUUUCCUUUCACUCUAAUAUAGUCAAUUACUUUCUACUAUCUUUUAAUAAACACUAUUUAGUUUGGUGGUC